AGAAGCUUCCCCAUUCGCCUGUUCUCCUCUCCUCCUUCCUUCUGCAUUCACUGCCAUCAUGUCUAGAAUGUCUGGUUUUCUGGGGUUUUUUGUGGGUCUGAUGUUGGUGGGGUUGGCUUCCUCCGCCAAGUUUGAGCAACUUUUCCAGCCAAGCUGGGCUUUAGACCAUUUCAUGUAUGAAGGAGAACUCGUCAAGCUCAAACUUGACAACUAUUCCGGUGCUGGUUUUGCAUCUAAAAGCAAGUAUAUGUUUGGGAGAGUGAGCAUUCAGCUCAAGCUUGUGGAGGGUGACUCUGCUGGGACUGUGACUGCUUUCUAUAUGUCAUCGGAGGGUCCAAAUCACAAUGAAUUUGAUUUCGAGUUCUUGGGCAACACCACGGGUGAACCAUACUCAGUCCAGACCAACGUGUACGUAAAUGGAGUGGGCAAUAGGGAGCAGAGACUUAACCUCUGGUUCGACCCCAGCAAGGAUUUCCAUGCAUACUCUAUCUUCUGGAAUCAGCGCCAAGUUGUAUUCUUAGUGGACGACACCCCAAUAAGAGUGCACACAAACUUGGAACACAAAGGCAUUCCAUUCCCGAAGGACCAAGCGAUGGGAAUUUACAGCUCAAUAUGGAACGCAGACGAUUGGGCAACUCAGGGUGGUCGAGUGAAGACUGAUUGGAGCCACGCACCGUUCGUGGCGACGUACAAGGGAUUCGAAAUCAAUGCGUGCGAGUGUCCGGGGACGGUGGCGACGGCGGAUAAUGCAAAGAGGUGCAGUAGCAGCGAGGAUAAGAAGUAUUGGUGGGACGAGCCGACGAUGUCGGAGCUUAAUGUGCACCAGAGCCAUCAGCUGAAGUGGGUUAAGGCCAAGCAUAUGGUGUAUGACUAUUGCUCUGACACCGCCAGGUUCCCAGCCAUUCCCGCCGAGUGUGUCCAUCACCGUCACUAUCGCCCACGCCACUGAUGAAAUCAAAUCACCCCUGUCUUUUCCAACAUGUUCUUCAUGUUGCUAUGUAUUAUAUUUUCCUGCUAUUUUGUGAAUGUAAGUUAUUUGUUCUGUGGUUUCCUGUCCAAUCAAUCCACUUUAUUCGUAAAUUUUGCUCUCUCUCGCUC